AGCGCCGGCAGUGAUCCCUCAUCAGUGAGCAUGAAGAUUUGAGGAGUAUUAAAGCGCAUUUAGUGGAUUUGAGAUCGUCAAACCUUCACAAUGGCUGAUUACUGGAAGUCGCAGCCGAGGAAGUUCUGUCAGUACUGUAAAUGCUGGAUAGCGGAUAAUAAACCCAGUGUCGAGUUCCACGAGAGAGGAAAGAACCAUAAAGAGAAUGUGGCGGCCAAAAUACAAGAGAUUAAGAAGAAGAGUGUGGCGAAGGCCAAGCAGGAGCAGAAGAUGUCCAAAGACUUCGCAGCGAUGGAGGAAGCGGCUCUGAAGGCGUACGAGGAGGAUCUGAAGAGACUCGCCGGACACACCUCAGGUGAGAGUGUGUGUUCUGCUAAAGCUCCAGCUGAAGCUCCAGUGAAGAAACAGAAGAAGCUGAAGCCCAGUUCAGUGAAGCCCCGCUCGGACCCCAGCAGCAGCAGCAGCAGCCGGACGCAGGCCUGGGUCAGCGGAACCACAGCCGACGGCCUGCUCUACUACUACAACACACUCACUGCAGAGUCUCAGUGGGAGAAACCAGACGGCUUUGUGGACGAGUGUGUAUCAUCCACCGCAGGACAAACACAGCAGGAGUCGUCGGGCAGUGCGUGGAUGGAGGCUGUGAGUCCUGAUGGGUUUACAUACUACUACAACACUGAGAGCGGCGAGUCCAGCUGGGAGAAGCCAGAGGAGUUGAGUUCAGACGAGGUGUCUCCUCCGGGGGUCGAUUCUCCUCGUAAAGAGACGGAGAGCGCAGCGCUGGACGAUUCCUGUCCUGCUCAGCCGGAACACACUCCUGAGGAGACAGCAGCAGAUAAAGCAGAAGCAGACGACAACACACAGAGCAGCGGCCCCAAGAUCAGCUUCAGGAAGAGAAAAGAAGAGCCGACCCAGACCCCAGCAGACGGUGGAGAACAGCAGAGCUCUGAUGAUGGAGCGAGCGGAGAGCAGAAGCAGGAGGACAGCGGAGUGACGGAGGCUGCGGUGGAGGUGGAGAAAGCUGCAGUGGUGGUGGAGGAGGUGAGGCCGGUGAAGAGAGCCAGAACCACCAAUCCAUACGGAGCCUGGGAGCAGAUCCAGACCCAGCCCGACCCAUAUGAGAGUGUGGACCUGCAGCUGCCGCAGGUGGAGGUGUGUGUUCAGAGUCCCGCAGCCGCCCCACAGACGUCCCCCCGCAGCUUUAAGGAGCGCAGCAUCAGCUCUCUGGGGGCCGACAGCAGCGCCGGCGCCUCCUUCAGGAAGAGGAAGACGGAGAACGGCAAACCCAGGAGCCUGCGGCAGAGGGCCCAGGACGACUAGCGGAACCAACACCGUACUGCCUCAGAAUACUCCUGUGAAUAUCUCCAGGAAUUAGACGUGCUUCUAGAUGUUACGCUCUGUGUGUGUGUGUGUGUGUGUGUGUGUGUGUGUGUGUGUGUGUGUGUGUGUGUGCGUGUGUGUGUGUGCGUGUGUGUGUGUGCGUGUGUGUGUGUGUGUGCGUGUGCGUGUGCGUGUGCGUGUGUGUGUGUGCGUGUGUGUGUGUGUGUGUGUGUGUGUGUGUGUGUGUGUGUGUCAGGAUAUUUUCUAUCUGGAGAGCCAGUGCCACAGUUUAAUGAACACUUCCAGAUGAGUUGAGGCUGUGAUGGCUCUCCACACUCAUUAAACUGAUCGAUGGCUCCA